GCGCUGAGGGGCGCGGCGGCGGCGGGCGCUGCCGGGGGGCGGCGGCAGCAGCACCGGCGACAGCACCAGCAGCAGCAGCAGCAGCAGCAGCAGCACCGUGCGAGCGGGAGCAGCGGGCGAGCAGGAUAUUUUAAACAUAAAAUCGCACAGAUCAAAGUAGAACUCCCCUGCGACCUGCUCAUCCCAAGGACCUGCAUUCAACAGAACCAAUCCCAGCUCCCAGCAGCCGUGUACGCCACUGAAGGAAAAUGGACAUACUGAACAGCCACCACUUUUUGUACUUUCUGCCUACCACACGCCUUGUCAUCUUAUUAGCAGCUUUGUCAACUGCUGAGGAUGUGAAUAACAGCACUUUCAACCGCACUGACAUAAGUACAGGAUCCGUGCCUGUGGUGAUCUCCCGCAUCGACCAUAUUAUAGUCAAGGAGGGCAGCAGUGCCUUGAUCGACUGCAAUGUCCAAGGUAGUCCCAGUCCACGUUACAGGUGGUACAAUUCCAAUGGUCGCCUGCUCCAAGACGAGGAGAAUAAAGGAAAAUGGUGGUUUCUUGACAACGGGCUACUAAACAUUACCAGGGUGUCUUUUGAAGAUAGAGGUAAAUACACGUGUGUCGCAUCUAAUACGUAUGGCAGCGUUAACAAUACUGUGACACUGAGGGUUGUUUUUACCUCUGGAGAUAUGGGAAUCUAUUACAUGAUUGUCUGCCUUGUAGCUUUUACCAUCGUUAUGAUACUGAACAUCACUCGGUUAUGUAUGAUGAGCAGUCAUCUGAAGAAAACCGAGAAAGCAAUCAAUGAAUUCUUCAGAACAGAAGGGGCAGAGAAACUUCAGAAAGCCUUUGAGAUUGCGAAGCGUAUCCCAAUUAUCACAUCAGCCAAAACGCUCGAGCUUGCCAAAGUAACCCAGUUCAAGACCAUGGAAUUUGCUCGCUACAUUGAAGAGCUUGCUCGGAGCGUACCUUUGCCACCUCUCAUCAUGAACUGCAGGACUAUAAUGGAAGAAAUUAUGGAGGUUGUUGGUCUGGAGGAGCAAGGACAGAAUUUUGUACGACAGGCAGCAGAAGGCCAGGAAACCACUGAAACAGAUGAGCUGUACAUGAUCCCAAAUGCUUUGACGCGCAGUGACUCUCCCACAGCUGACUCAGACGCAUCGUCACUGCACGAGCCACCUCAACAGAUUGCAAUAAAAGUGUCAGUUCACCCAUUGUCCAAAAAGGACUGCAUGGAUGGUCAGUCACAGGAAAGCAUGCAGUUAGACACCAAGGAAGAAGACACUCCUCAAACACCAGCACUUACUGCAGAGCCCCCUCCUGAGCCUUCUGCUGAACUCAGUUCUGAUGACACAGCAUUGGCAAAUGACACAAAUACAUGUGUUAUAUAUGAAAGCCAUGUAUGAUAGUUACUCCUGAAUCUAUGCAUAGCAGGAAAAUCAGGUGGAGCUCUUUUAAAAAUACAUAUUGUACUUGCCGCUAAGCCUUACCUGGAGACUAUCAUAGCAAAAGCAUGUAAGUGGAUUAUUUGGCACUUUCUUCUCAGUUUGAGUUUAGUUUACCAUGAUGUAUGGCAGAGUAAUUGCUAUUACAUUAAUAUUAAUUGCUCUCUUUGAUUAGGAAUAUUUCCAAGAAACAUUUACCUCAGCAUUUUCUAGGUUGGAGUCACCUGUAGUGGCCUCCUGGAAGUCACUGGUAGUCUUUGACAAAGGACACUUGAACUUACUAAACAUAAAACUGGUUUCCAUCUUCCUCCUUCACUCUCGUUAUUUCCAUCUAUUGCAUUUUUGGCAAAUAUUAACUUGUGAAUUUGAAAUAUUGCCCAAGAGGCAGCACUCCAAUAGCCAAAUAAAAUCCUAAUAGAUCCCAUUUACAAAGCCUGUUUGCUCAGCUACAUUGUGAUUUAGAGGGCUAUUAGAGAAAGUUAAAAUGUUUCCAUUUCAUUUGUGACCACACUACUUAGGCACAUGGAAAAUAGUUUUCCCUUUUCCAUGGAACAAAGAUGCCAACAAUUGUUUGUUUUGCAUGGAGAAACAGCUUUGAGGUUUAUUUUACAGAUGGGAAAGCCCAUAAACUUCUUACAGAAAGUUGCAGUCCAACAGCUCUGCAAGGUUUUUUUGCAUACGUUUGACCAUUUUUUACCUUGCCAGAAUUUUAUAUGCCAAACACCUGCAAAUAUGCAAGAUGUCUUGUUUUUAAGUAAUUUGGAAGGAGUAAGUAUAUACUACCUUACCAGAAGAUAUGCAGAUUCCUUAACACUCCUGCAAAUGACAGUAAUCAGUUGAUGACAAGGCUCAAAUGGCAAAAUACCCUUUUAUUGGGAUUCUUAAUUUUGUGCAAAUUCAUAAUGUGAGGAUCAAGCCUAAAAUCAUAUAUAAGCAUCAGUUUGAGAGUGUUGUAUCCAAAUUGGAAAAAAAAACCUAAUCGAGUGUCCUGUGAAAUUACAAUGACAGUCAUGGAAACUGUUUACUGUGAUACAAUUGCUUUGAUAUUUUAAGAACCUCCUACCUAUAUAGAAUGUUCACUGCUUGAAUACAUGUGACUCUACCCCAGUAAAGCUUUAAUGAUCACAGCAAUUGUGGCAGUAAAAAGGAUCAACAUUUAUGCCAGGAAAUGCCAGGAGUGGAAGGGAAGUGAUAAUUUCUGUUGCAGACAGACAAUAAAAAGGAUCUCCUCUGCAGUGAGUCUGGAAAGCAAGCUCUUACCAGUAGGAGUUUGUGUAGGGUUAAUAUUACUUAAUUACCUGACACAUUUUGUUUGGAACUAAUGAACAAACUAUCACCCUAUAGUUUUUUGGAAGGGUUUUACUGUAAGUACAGAUACUUAAAAUAAAUCCAGAAUCGAGCAUACUGCAGAAAAAGAAGUCUCUUAGGUCUCUGGGGAGACAAUGUGUGGACGGCUCUCUGGAUAUUUUAGUGAAGUAGCCACAUCUACAUAAGGUGCCUGUUGGAGGCAAUCAGUUACAUUAACUGGUAAUCAAGACCAGACAAAGUCAGUGUUGCAGCUAUCUAAAAGAACCCUUGAUAAUGAACUGAGGUUUUAUAUCAGCUUCCUCGCGUUAAAGUGCAGAGCCUCACUACCAGUGUAAUACGGGAAUACCCCAUGACUUAUGUAGGUGAUGCAGAGAAGGCUCCAUAUAUACCUUUCUAUGGUUACUAAAAAAAAAUUACAUGUUUAAUAAUGGACUUCAGAUUUUACAACCAACUUCUGAAAAAUUGCAUCAUUCAGUUGCCUCAUAUUUGUUUGUGCUCACCACAGUGGCAGGUUUCUAUACAAAAUAAUUUGCACAUGCCCUAAAGGAAACAUGCAAGGGCAAGAAGUCCCUUUAGGAAUGUGGCUGGAAAUAUUUCAGUUCCAGCAAAGCAAUAUAAAUCUAGAACACAAAGUAGAUUAAGAGAAUACCAUAAAGAACCUCACUUCUGACCAGUGUGAUUGAAAAUACUGUUGAUGCAAACUGUUAACUUCUUGUUUGAGUCCAAAGUACAUUUCUGUUUAGUGUUCAAAUCAGUUUUUCAAGUUACUUAAUUUGCUUCGGGUAUCAAAAAGGACAAGGGCAGAAACAAAAGCAGGAAUUUGCACUAAAUUCUUUUAAUUCACUUUAACCUCCUGAAAUGAGGCAUCUUGAUUUUUCUGCCUGUCCAUCUUUUAACAGACCUCAGGCAUUCUGAGGUUACCUACCUGGUGCCCAACUAAGAUUGCACAGAUAAGCAAGGAUGUUCUCCUUAAAGCAUACUUUAAAAAAAAAAGUUAUAAAAAUAUUUAUUAAACUGAAGUAUUUUAAUUUUAAUUGUUUGUUAACUAUGAAGUUUUUACAGUAAAGAUCAUGUAUUCCUAUGGUGUUUGUUACCAGGCAGUUCUGACCCUGACUGCUUCCCUCAGGCUGUCCUUCAGCCUGUUUAUUAUGUAUUUAUUGGAGAAACAUUUGAGAGCAAACAAUCCCCAUGGUUUUCUUCAGUAUCUCGAUGUAAACUUCCUUGGAGAUACCGAUGAUGGUUUUUUCCAAAGGUUGCCCACAAGGGGCAUGUAUUUGAAGUACCCACAAACGCACAUUGCAAACCACGUACGAGCAACAGGCACCCGGAUUAGAUCCAUGCAAUUCGUGUAGUGACAGAUUCCUGCAGUUGCAGGGUCAAAGGGAACCCUAAAUUUGCUGGAGCUGGACUCACUUCAAGCUGAGAGUUCACAGGUAUAACCAGUCUGCUAUAAAUUCUUUGGGCAUUUAGCUUUGUGGUAUUAUUGGAAUAAAAGCCGAACAGCACUGUAGCUGAAGAAAACACAGAUUGUAACCAAGGGGUUUGGUUUAUGUAUUUUUUGGUGUGUUUUCAUGUAUGCUGCUCAAUAUCUUUAUGCAUCCAUUCUGUGACACCUCUAAGCCUAAAGCUUUUUAUAUGCUUUGAGGCACUUCCUUUGUGGGAGACAGAUGGAAAGCAAGACCCAAACCCAUUUUUCUUGUUCCAAACUCUCUGGCUGUGCUCUAUCAUGAAGUAAACAAUUGUGUCUUGCAGUAUUUCUUAGUGAAUGGCUAUUUUAUGGUGCAAGAACACAAUUAACAAAUAUAAAAUUAAUGAAGGCUCUAAGAAAACAUUAACAUUUGCAUUGUUAAGUAUUUUCAUGCACCUUAAGCACUUCAGGGACAUGAAUCUGUUCCCAUCAUUGGGCUAUGCACACCUUUUGUUACAUUGCUCUAUUUCUUGUAUCACCAAACACUAAUGGUUCUUAAAAAAACUCAGCAUCUGGAAGACCUAGUACAACUGAAAUUGUGUUCUAAAAGCAUAAAGAACACCAAGUCAGGCUUAGAAAGGAAAAGAGAUUUGCAUGAUAUAUUUACACCAUUUUCAAGUAUUUUUGGCAAAAUUUCACGGAAGAUGACUAGAUUUCUGCAGUACAAGAAAUCAGUGUUGGAUUUAAAUUUUACACUUACUAUUCUUUUUUCAGUAAAUGUAAGACCAUAUUAAUCUGAUCACUUAAACAUAAUAUUCACUAUCUACUUGAUCAACAUUUUCUUUUUGAGCAGCAUUUGUUUACUGGUAUCCUUUUUUAUUCUCUGAUUUAAGCGUGUUUGUGAUGAAACCUACCCUUCAGUCAUUUUAUGAGUCUGUCAUUUUAAAAAAUCUAAAAGAACCCAUAGAUCAGCAUUUUUAUGCAGGUUUAUUGAUAUUUGGUAAAGCACAGCAGUUUUGAUCCUGUGCUUAAAAACUACUGUAUAAUCAUGAGACUUGUGAAAUGGCAUAUAUGGGCAGAUGUUGAUUUUUUAUUUAAAUCAGUGCCUGUUUUAUUAUAAUGUAUAUACUAUGUUACUUCCUUGAUUUGCAGUUUCCUUUUGACAAAAGUACUGUAACAUAUAACCAGGGCUUUCUGACUUUCAGUUUGGUCAGAUGAACUAAUUCUGGAAAGUGUUAACAGUGUCGAAUUUUAGAAGUUCUCAUGGAAUAUUUUGGCAGCAUGCUAUUUUAAGAGUUGGCCUCAAGUAUGCCAUACUUAGUGGGACAACUGAAAGCUUCUUAGAUGCAAAGGAAAUGCUUGCACUAAAGUAUCUUAAGUUAUAUUUCAUUUAUUAUGAAAUACUUUUUGAUUUUAAAAGAAAUGUAAGACAAAUAUGAAUGUGUUUUUUUGAGAAGCAGUUACUGUAUUUUGAUUUAAAUAACUGUUAUGAUUUUAUAGCUCAUGGCCGUAAACCACAAAGAGACCAAUUCAUGCUGAAGUGGCAAAAUGAAAUGUGAUGUAGCUUGUGCGUUGAUCAUUGUUUCAAUAAAGAAUUUGCACAGAGUAUGCUGAGUUUGUACACAUUCAACAAGAUGAUAGUUUGCUAGUAAGUGUAGGCCAUGGCUCCAGUUCAAAUGGAAGUAAAAAUGUCUUUCAUUGUACAUCUGCUAAUGUUCCAGAAACUUUGGUCAGGAGAAAUAGUUAUUUACCUAGAAAUGAAGCUUUAAUAAAGCUCUCAAAAGGACCUGAUGUCAUUUUCAGAAUGUAGAAUCAGUGCUGUUAUCAAUAGCCUAGAUGGCUCAUGUAUGUAGUGUCUUCUCUUUGGAAGCAUGUCAGCACUUCCACAUGUAACUCAAAGGACUCUUUUGUAUGCUGUUUCCUCUCUGAGCUGUGUCAUGGGGCCUUGCAAAAAGUCUUGCUGCAGUUUUUAGAGUUGGGGCCAAGAAAAUAAAUGUCUUUUCUCCCAGAGGCACCCUAGUACCAGGACAAAAGAAAAAUGUGGGUUGCCAUUCCUGCUUCCAUUUCUUCACCCACCCUAAAAGGAUGGGGUGAAAUGAGUUUCCUGUCCCACAGCAGUUGGGCUGUAUCACUCCCUAACAGUCUUCAGCAGGACUCAGUUGAAGUCCUCUUAACACCACUCUUAACCUCCACUCUUAACACCUUUUCCUGGCUCUGCUGGUGCUACACAACUAGCAGCCAGAGCUGGUCACUGAGAGAGAUGGAGUGGGGGGGGAUUUGCCCUUUCACACAUGAAAGAUUGGUCUUGCCAGCUGCCUGUUCUAGGCUGAAAAGAUAGCCUAUAGCAGGAAAACGAUAGCUAUUUCAUGAAAAUGAAAGGUAUUUCAUGAUUGAAGUGCUGUUCAAAAGAGUGUUCCAAUUUUAAAAAAUAUUUUCAGAAGCAUUUUUAUUCAACAGUUUCAGUUGAGAUAAGGGGGCUGAGAUAUUCACAAUUUAUUUACAAAUAUCAAUGAACAUUAAGGAAGGGGUUGCAAACUGAUCAAAAAUGGAACACUGGGCUAGAGCCAUAUGUUAUUUUAUUGUCUCAGCACAGGACCCAGUCUUGCAACUGGAGAGGUUUGAUAUGCUGUGCCUUUUUUUUUUUUUUAUAUAUAUAUGUAGAGCACACCUUUUCAGGAUGCUCCCUUCCAGCUUUCUGAACUCCUCCAACAGGUUUGUCGGAGCACUGUUUGGGAAGGCAGGGUACCACCAAACUGUUGGUCCCAAUGAACUACGCUCCUGAACACAGUGAAACAGGCUGUGGUGCACAGCUCAGAGCUAGUAUCCCAGAUAUUUCCAGUGCCAUAACGCCACUUUCCCACAGAACUGGAUAUUUGAUAGCUCACAUCCUGCAGUAGUGCUUGGAAUAACCAUCUGAGACCUUUGCUGUGUCUGUUUCUUCCUCUCCCUUGUCUUACCUUCCUGCACUUUCUUCUGUCUCCAGCAGCUCUGCUGUGCUACUUCUCAAAUGGUAACAGAGUGAAGUUAGUUGUCAGGGCAAGUGUUCCUGCACCUCAGGCACUUCUGUUCCAAACUGACCUUUCAUAAGUCCCCAAAUGGAUUUUUUUCCCCCAUCUGUACCAGGCUCUAAUGCUAUGUACUAUAUUUAGCUCUCUGGCUCCCAGGCCCAAACUGAGUCAUUUUACUCUUACAGUAAAGGCUGACUCGUGAGUCCAUGUAUAAGUCUGUAAAAUGGGCAAAAGCAGUAAUACCAACUGAAGCUAAAGUACCAAUUUCUGAUCCAAAUCAGAAUGUAUGGCAGCAAAUGAUAAAUGUGGCAGACUUAGAACAUUCAAGUUAUGUAAUUAGAUGCUAUUUCAUACCACAAUGAGACAAGGCAAAACCGAGCAAAAAUUAACAACCAGCCUUGUAUGGCAUGGAGAAUACAUGUAAAGUCUUGCUUAUGAAUGAGUAGAAAUUCAGCAUCCCUAUCAAAUCAUGUUGCCAUUCUAUCUCCAGUUUCUAUUUUGAGAACAGAUUCCUGUUGUAUCUGCUCUAACCAGACCUUUCCUAUGUGGGUAAGCAUCUUAUCCACUUAUAACUCUGGCAAUAGUACCUGAGUUAUCAAAAAGAGCCUUGUCAACCAUAGAACGUCACCCUGCCAUGUUGUGGAACCACAGAGUUUGGGAGCUCACACUGAAGAUGCACAAUCUGGGCUUUCUGAAAUAUAUUUGAUUUCUCUUGCACAGGUUUUGAUUAUCCACACAAUAAACCACUAAUAUUCAUUAAGGACUCAGGUCCAGUCAUUCUCAAUUGAUAAACAGAUAGAAGCAAAAUAAAUGCCAGCACUAAUUCCCUCUUUCUGAAGCCUCUUACUGCUUCUGCCUCAAGAUUAGCUCUGACUGACAGACAGCUCCUGAGCUGUUUGGAUAUCAUUUAAUUCCUUCCUUCAGGUGAACACUACCUUAGGCAGAAAACAUGAUUCAAAAAAAAAAAAUAUUAUCAAGAAAAAGACACUCCCUUUGUUACCCUGCUCUCUAAUGUGUGCAGAGUAAACUUGAGAAAAUCAAAAUGAAAAAUUUUUUUCCUCACUCAAAACAUCCAGAGGUGAUUCAUCUUCAAAGUAUACUAAACUUUAACUUGUUUAGCCAUAAACAUACUCAAGUGAAGCAAAAGGAGAUUCCUAAAAACAAAAUUUUAACUCCCAACGUCAAAGCAAAUUAUCACAAAACUAUGACACAUAUUUCGAGUCCUUGUCUCAGGAUAUGUUUUAUCAGGAAGAUAUUUUUAGUCCUUUUUAAAGUUCUGCUUAGAUGACUGCAGCUUCUUUAUGGGAUUGGUGGAAGUGCAUUUCUUUUCUGCUGUCUUCUUGGUUAAAUAUUCUCUACCCUGGGUGAUCUCUUUUUUUUUUUUGUGAAUAAAAAUCAAUAUUCUAUUGAAGAUUUAUCUUCUUGAUUCCUUUCCCAUUCCAAUACCUUAUUUUGUGUUUUGUUUUAUUGCUUGGAUCUUGUUUUGUUUGCCCUGAAAGUCUUCACAUUUUAAAAUAAAUCAGAGGACCCUAAUGUUUUUUCAGCUCCCUGUUUUGGGGCAGGAUUACUCACAUGCACCUAUAUACUUCAGUUUUACUUAUGCAGAUGUACAGCUCACAGGUUGGUGCAGGAUGAACUAAUCAAUAGACUGCAGCAGAUUUUUGCAGAACAGCAUCAACAGAACAGGUAAAGACAUGAGUUCUAAGAGACAAGUAAAAUAAAUGUCCUCGUUCAUAUGUGUGUUUAUGAGUAUAUUAUGUUCUUUUGUUUAUUCAUUUGAUACAUCUCUGCUUUAAAUAACACGUUUCUUUUUUCCAUCGUGGAUGGAAUAGCACAUUUACACUGUCUAUACAUCAGCUAUUCAUUAUCUAGAUUGGUUUAUCUUAUUCACUGGAUAGUUUACCAAGUGCAGGGGCCUCUAUAAAAGAGGUAUCUCUGAAGAGACUGCAGACAGCUUCAUGAAACUUUGUAAAUUAUAUGAAUUUCAAAUUAAUUGAUAAAUGGUUUUCCACUUUUUUUAACUGAUAAUGCUGUAGUUCUAUAUAGGCUAAUAUUUACAUGCUAAUGGAGUCUGGUUUUGAGUAGAAACUCCAGUUUUUCACAAGCAUGCACUAUAAUGACAGUAACCUGCUGUUGAAUAAAACUGCUUUUUGCAACUACA